AUGAAGGAAGACGGAGCCGUAGAGGAAACGAGUUCAGAAAGUUCAGAAAAAGAAGAAGAAUCUGAAUAUAUUUACGAUGCCGUCAUGAACAAAACGUACCUACGUAGAAGGUUUUUAGGAAAGUCGUGUCACAAGUUGAAUUUGAAUUUGGUUAUCUGA